AGUUUCCUUAAUCCAAAUAUCUUCUUCCCCGCAGCAAACUAAACCCGUCAAAUCCGCAUAACAUUAUCACGCUUUAGAACUGAACAUCAUUAGACUCGAAGCUAUAUGUUACAGACUGUGAGGGAUGUGUAACAGAUAAAUGAGUGUGGAAGCGUAGUGUUGUGAGGUGCUGCAGGUUUGGUGGUGGUCAGUGGUUCAGUGGUCGUCGAGCCGUCAUGCAGAGUAGGCUGUGUGUCGUCGCUCUCCUCAUCGCCUAUGUGGUGGUGGUGGCGCGGGCUAGCUGGCUAGAGUGGGCCCAGGCUGACCAACAUGACUCCAACGAGCAGGACGGCCGAGGGAGCGAGGUGGAACACAUGAUGGAGGCCGUCAAGACCGCCUUCCGCGAGCUGAGUUCGAAGCGCAGUACCUGGUACUCCAAGUACCACGCCCUCGCCACCGACGCCGCCAACAACUCCGCCAUCAUCACCGAACUCUUGGGCAUCAGCAGGAUCGCCAUGCCCAUCAUCUGGAACGCGUACAUCGGGAGUCAGUUGACAGAGAGGCUGCAGAAGCUACGCCCGGGGAACGUCAGGACCUUCUCUCCCUCUGCUGGACAUUCCUCCGCAACACAGGGGCUGGAGAUGGUGUCUACCGACCUCACCAACCACCAGGACUUCACAGUCGAGGUCAUACUUAAACUCACUGAGGAAGCUAGUGUGGGUCUGCGCCUGAUGCUGGAGCCAGAGGACGGCCAGGAGCUGAACCGUGACGACGGUGACGUCUUGGUCGACGCUCACUUCAACUGGCAGACUACAGACUCGACCAGUCGAGAAGUGGUGCUCAACGACAAGUACGGAGGAGUAUGGGGCCCCCAGGAGGCCGUGUACGGGGGCCCGAGGUGGCCCAGCCUGGUGGUGGGGGAGAAGUUCCAGCUCUCACUCAUCAAGAAAGGCGAGUGUUUCAGCCUAUUUGUGAGGACGGGCAAGGAUGUGUACCUGCAGGAACCUGCGCUUACCUUGCCUUAUACCUUCUGUCCUCAGGCCAGAAGACAGUCCAAGAUGGCGCGGGAGGCGAGGCGCGUGACGGUGGUGGUUGACGAGGACCACAUCCACGCCGGCGAGCUCCACCUCUACAGUGUCCUCUGGUACUAGUACCUCCCUCUAUAUGUCCCUGAGCCUCGUGGCGUCCCUCUCUAGGUCAUUGAGCCUCGUGGCGUCCCUCUCUAAGUCCCUGAGCCUCGUGGCGUUCCUCUAUAGGUCCCUGAGUCUCAUGGCGUCCCUCUCUAGGUCCCUGAGCCUCGUGGCGUCCCUCUUUAGGUCCCUGAGCCUCGUGGCGUCCCUCUAUAGGUCCCUGAGCCUCGUGGCGUCCCUCUCUAGGUCAUUGAGCCUCGUGGCGUCCCUCUCUAAGUCCCUGAGCCUCGUGGCGUUCCUCUAUAGGUCCCUGAGUCUCAUGGCGUCCCUCUCUAGGUCCCUGAGCCUCGUGGCGUCCCUCUUUAGGUCCCUGAGCCUCGUGGCGUCCCUCUAUAGGUCCCUGAGCCUCGUGGCGUCCCUCUCUAAGUCCCUGAGCCUCGUGGCGUUCCUCUAUAGGUCCCUGAGCCUCGUGGCGUCCUUUUCUUGGUUCCUGAGCCUCAUAGCGUUCCUCUGUAGGUCCCCUUGGCGUCCCUCUGCAGGUCCCUGAGCCUCGUGGCGUCCCUCUAUAGGUCCCUGAGCCUCGUGGCGUCCCUUUCUAGGUCCCUGAGCCUCGUGGCGUCCCUCUCUUGGUCCCUGAGUCUCGUGGCGUCCCUCUCUAAGUCCCUGAGCCUCGUGGCGUUCCUCUAUAGGUCCCUGAGUCUCAUGGCGUCCCUCUCUAGGUCCCUGAGCCUCAUGACGUUCCUCUAUAGGUCCCCUUGGCGUCCCUCUCUAGGUCCCUUAGCCUCGUGGCGUCUCUCUAUAGGUCCCCUUGGCGUCCCUCUUUUGGUCCUUGAGCCUCGUGGCGUCCCUCUAUAGGUCCCUGAGCCUCGUGGCGUCCCUCUGUAGGUCCCCUUGGCGUCCCUCUCCAGGUCCCUGAGCCUCGUGGCGUCCCUCGUUUGGUCCUUGAACCUAGUGGUGUCCCUCUCUAGGUCUCUGAGCCUCGUGGCGUCCCUCUCUAGGUCCCUGAGCCUCAUGGCGUCCCUCUCUAGGUCCCUGAGCCUCAUGGCGUCCCUCUCUAGGUCUCUGAGCCUCAUGGCGUCCCUCUCUAGGUCCCUGAGCCUCAUAUCGUCCCUCUCUAGGUCCCUGAGCCUCGUGGCGUCCCUCUCUAGGUCCCUGAGCCUCGUGGCGUCCCUCUCUAGGUCCCUGAGCCUCAUGGUGUCCCUCUCUAGGUCCCUGAGCCUCGUGGCGUCCCUCUCUAGGUCCCUGAGCCUCAUGGCGUCCCUCUCUAGGUCCCUGAGCCUCAUGGCGUCCCUCUCUAGGUCCCUGAGCCUCGUGGCGUCCCUCUCCAGGUCCCUGAGCCUCAUGGCGUCCCUCUCUAGGUCCCUGAGCCUCAUGGUGUCCCUCUCUAGGUCUCUGAGCCUCGUGGCGUCCCUCUCUAGGUCUCUGAGCCUCAUGGCGUCCCUCUCUAGGUCUCUGAGCCUCGUAGCGUCCCUCUAUAGGUACCUGAGCCUCGUGGUGUCCCUCUAUAGGUCCCUGAGCCUCGUGGUGUCCCUCUAUAGGUCCCUGAGCCUCAUGGUGUCCCUCUCUAGGUCCCUGAGCCUCAUGGUGUCCCUCUAUAGGUCCCUGAGCCUCGUGGCGUCCCUCUCUAGGUCCCUGAGCCUCAUGGUGUCCCUCUAUAGUUCCCUGAGCCUCGUGGCGUCCCUCUCUAGGUCCCUGAGCCUCAUGGCGUCCCUCUCUAGGUCCCUGAUCCUCAUGGCGUCCCUCUCUAGGUCCCUGAGCCUCAUGGCGUCCCUCUCUAGGUCCCUGAGCCUCAUGGCGUCCCUCUCUAGGUCCCUGAGCCUCAUGGCGUCCCUCUCUAGGUCCCUGAGCCUCAUGGCGUCCCUCUCUAGAUCCCUGAGCCUCGUGGCGUCCCUCUCUAGGUCCCUGAGCCUCAUGGCGUCCCUCUCUAGGUCCCUGAGCCUCAUGGCGUCCCUCUCUAGGUCCCUGAGCCUCAUGGCGUCCCUCUAGAUCCCUGAGUCUCAUGGCGUCCCUCUCUAGGUCCCUGAGCCUCGUGGCGUCCCUUUCUAGGUCCCUGAGCCUCAUGGCGUCCCUCUCUAGGUCCCUGAGCCUCAUGGCGUCCCUCUCUAGGUCUCUGAGCCUCAUGGCGUCCCUCUCUAAGUCCCUGAGCCUCGUGGCGUCCCUCUCUAGGUCUCUGAGCCUCAUGGCGUCCCUCUCUAAGUCCCUGAGCCUCGUGGCGUCCCUCUCUAGGUCCCUGAGCCUCGUGGCGUCCCUCUCUAGGUCCCUGAGCCUCGUGGCGUCCCUCUCUAGGUCCCUGAGCCUCAUAGCGUCCCUCUCUAGGUCCCUGAGCCUCAUGGCGUCCCUCUCUAGGUCUCUGAGCCUCGUGGCGUCCUUGUCUAGGUCUCUGAGCCUCAUGGCGUCCCUCUCUAGGUCCCUGAGCCUCAUGGCGUCCCUCUCUAGGUCCCUGAGCCUCGUAGCGUCCCUCUCUAGGUCUCUGAGCCUCAUGGCGUCCCUCUCUAGGUCCCUGAGCCUCAUGGCGUCCCUCUCUAGGUCCCUGAGCCUCGUGGCGUCCCUCUAGGUCCCUGAGCCUCGUGGCGUCCCUCUAGAUCCUUGAGCCUCAUGGCCGCCCUGUCAAGCACCACUAGCGUCAUGGCCGCCCUGUCAAGCACCACUAGCGUCAUGGCCGCCCUGUCAAGCACCACUAGCGUCAUGGCCGCCCUGUCAAGCACCACUAGCGUCAUGGCCGCCCUGUCAAGCACCACUAGCGUCAUGGCCGCCCUGUCAAGCACCACUAGCCUCAUGGCCGCCCUAUCAAGCACCACUAGCGUCAUGGCCGCCCUGUCAAGCACCACUAGCGUCAUGGCGGCCCUGUCAAGCACCACUAGCCUCAUGGCCGCCCUGUCAAGCACCACUAGCGUCAUGGUUGCCCUGUCAAGCGCCACUAGCGUCAUGGCUGCCCUGUCAAGCACCACUAGCCUCAUGGCCGCCCUGUCAAGCACCACUAGCGUCAUGGCUGCCCUGUCAAAUAUCACUAGCACAUUCAGUAAGCAAUAAGUGUCAAGUGGUUGCUAAUGUUAACAAUGACUAGGACUAGUUACUAGGAGCACUUGAAAAAGAACAAAUAGUAACGAAAUCCAAUAACAA